CUUCUACUCAUUCAUGUCCGGCGGUGGGGCAGGCACCAGGACCACCGGUGCAGGCGUGGGCACCGCUCUCGUCGAUCACUUCGGCACCUUCCACUACACGCUGCUCAUCGCCGGACUCACGAACAGCGUCCGCUCUGUCAAGGCCUUCACGCGCUGGUCCACCACCGGUCCGUCUGUGCCCGCGCCAGUGUCCGAUUUCUUCGCCGACUUCGAAGGUGCUGGGCAAGCUGAAGGCGAGUCCAGGCCGGACAUUCCCUGGUUCCUUGGCGCUCUCAACAGCCAGUACGAAAUCUCGGCCAGCACGGGACCGAUGGGAUUGAUUCAGGACAUCACCGGGCCUCUCUCUCCCAGCAUCAGCGAAGGAUUCGGAUUCUAUCACUUCGAGGGCGUAAUGACACCCACGGGACCGUCGGAGUACAUGGGCUUCUCGUUUGCAUACCUAUCCCCCGUCAGCGUCAUUCUCUACACUAUCGUUAUCGGCGACAAUGACGAGGUGCAGACCUUCCGCGUGAUGGACAGUAACUCCAAUGUCUACUUCCACGACAACUUCACCGCUACCAACAAUUACGCAACUGCAACUAUCAAUGACUGGAACAGCACAGUGAAGAAUAUGCUGACGAUGGGAAAGCUGUGGAUCCAGGCCCUGGAUGGCAGUGGUUCAGUGCUACUGCAGAGGCCACUCCGCAUGAGCAAGCGAUCAUUCUCCGCCGCCCUCACACCAGCAACGACGGGCACAGGCAGUGGCUACGCUCAGUUCUCUCUCGAUAGAGACGGCAGUCUUGUCUACAAGGUCUACAUGACAGGUCUACUAGGCCUGACGACUCCGCCGACACUCCGACUUGAUGCCGGGUCGACCAGCAGCCAGCUCUUCUCCCAGCUGAGUGGAGUGAUCUUGCUGGAAGCCAGUCACGGAACGUAUUAUGCCGAAGGUCGUCUGCUGCUCUCCGACUACACCACCCACACUGAUAUCUAUCAGUUUUAUCAGCUUUACACGUCUGGCAAGUGCAGCGUGUACACCACCAGUGGACUGGCUCUGCAAGGUCCCCUGGAGGCAGUCAAUGCUGACGAUACGGGAGAGUCGAUUGACCUUGCCACACUGCUCACUGGUUCCCAAGUCACUCCCAACGCCAUGACGACAUCCGCCGGCGGUGCCGGCGUCUUUGAGGUGCAGCAAGACGGAUCGCUCCAUUUCCACCUCUCCAUCCGCAACCCAACGAGCCCCAUCGUCAAUGCUUACCUGGCCGGUCCUGCCCCACGUGGACAAACGGGGCCGAAAGUCCUCGACCUGAUGUCCUACCUAAAUGGAUUUACGAUCCACGGUUUCUUCCUGAGCAAGAACGCCUCGUUCUUCCGCGAGCUCCUGGCCGGCCAUUACUACAUCGUCGUGGGAACGCAGACAAACCCGAACGGAGAGCUGCGCGGCCAAAUCCUGGUGCAGCGGCAAACCUACACCGACAUCCUGCAGCCCAGCGGGCCGAUCACCAACAUGGCCGGCACAGUGCGCUUUGAGCUGGACGACUUUGGUCUCAUGCACGUGCAGGUCGUGUACCUUAUGGGUAGUCAGCUGAGCGCUGCAGGCCAGAACCUCAGUAGUAUCAUCAUGACCGAUGCAGAGAACACCUUCUCCACCGAUCUCAGCCGCUAUAUCGGUCACAGCAGCGUGAUUCGCGGCACGUUCCAGCCCACGGCUCAGCACAUCUACGCGCUGUCCCAUCGGCGCGUGCGCGUCAACCUGGCCUCUUGCUCCACAUGCGCCGCCACACUGACCGGCACUCCCAGCCAAUUCAAGAAUCCUGUCGUGCGCAAUGGACCACCUGUGAUCUACCAUUCAUUGCUGAGCGGCGCAUCAAGACCCACGGUACUCACCUCGGCUACUGGUGCCUGCGUGUUCGCACUGGACACCAAUAACGACCUGCACUACUUUAUCAAGACGUACGCUCUCGACACGGCCGUCAGCUCCAUCCUGAUCCUGAACAGCACCAAUCAAGCUCAGUUUGCCGUGCCGAUCGCCAACUAUGACAUUGGAUUUGGAUACGUUGAGGGGACUUUCCCCAAGCUGUCCACUUACCAGCUGGACCAGCUCAACUCGGCAGAGUGGCUCGUCGUCGUGGUUACGACUGGAUAUCCGUUUGGAGAGCUAGUCGGAUCGAUUGUUCUCGACCAGCGCACCGAGACGGCCACACUAACAUCGGGUUCUUCAAGCCCAACGGGUGGAGCGGCGUGGGCAACGCUAUCCUUUGACUACUCUGGCGGUGCCCGUGUCCAGUGGCAGAUCCAAGGACUCUCCGGACCUCUAACCCAGGCGAACUUUGCCGACACGCAGACGACCCCGAUCGGAGCAUCGCUUCUGAACACCGUUGUUCAAUCGCACUCUGUCAUGGCGCUGUACGGCCAGUCCCCGAAGUGGUACCCACUGCUGGGGCGCUACAGCCUGCAGCUUCGUCUCGGCACACAGGCCAAUCCUGGCGGAGAACUCAACGGCUUCAUGAGGCCAAACGUCACACCACAAGACUUGCAAUACCGUGCGCUUCUCUCCGGCUUCGGAGUGGGAACUGUGGACGGAUCGGUGAAGGCCUCGGCAACAUCGGCCGUCGGAAAGACGACGUUCUACUACGAUGGAAAUGGUAUCCGUUACAACAUGGCUCUCUGGGGCUUGUCAGGACCGCCCAAGAACAUCAGCCUCUACGUCGGAGGUCCAGUGGGAUAUGCUUCCAAGAUGGCUCCCGUCUUCGACUUCAUGCCAACCUUCGACGGUGCAAAUGCUAACGGCAUCAUUCCCAACGUUAGCCGUGACAUGCUGGUCUCCAUUGGCAACGGAACGGCAUACGUCCUGGUCACUACCGACAAGUACCCGAGCGGCGAAAUCCGAGGCAACGUCGAACUGGAGUUCAGAGAGGUUGGCGUUCUGGCAACUCAGGCCAGUCCGUCGCUGUCCGCCGUUCCGACAAGCGGAUUUGUGGUCGGCUGCAGAUGCUAUCUGACUGUUGUGGGUCUGUACUGUGAAGUGCACAAGAACAACGAGACGGCCGUCAUCACUAGCAUUCAUGUGUACGACGAGAGAUCAGUAUUCAUCGCAGACCUCACCGAUAUCUAUACAUACUUUGGAUCCUGGUUUUUCUUCCAGGCCAACAUGGCGGAUGUGGCCAACAUGUACGCCGGCAAAUAUCACCUGGUCCUGGGAACCGCCAAGUAUCCAGCUGGAGAGAUCAUCGGCAAGAUUGUCGUCAGCCGUUUCCACUUCACCAACUACUACAGCACUAACUACCAUGCUCUGUUCCGUGGACCUUCAAGCCGUGGUGGCGGAUUCCUCAAGAUGAACCGCGCCACCUCGUUCAACUAUGAGUAUGAGGGCUAUAUUGAUGGUACCAUGCCAAUGUCGUGCUCCCUUCUGCUCGGCGCUGCCGAAACGGUAGUGGCACAGCUCGGAGUCAACGGACCACAGCUCAAAGGCACUGCACAGCUACCUGACAGCGUGUUCUCGUCAACCUUGAAAGUCUCUUGUCGAAUGGCCGACUUCACGACGUGGGAGGGAACUGUCGUGCUGGUGGAAGAACGUUUCCUUGGAUUGCUGAAUGGUGGAGGUGUUGUUGGCUCACCGCAAGUCACUGCCUCGGCCGGUAUUGUUGCCAUGCAGACGGACAUCAAUCGCAAUCUCCACUACACUGGACGUACCUUCAAUGUCAGUGCGGCUAGCUUUGGCUCAAUGCAGAUGGCUUUCUCAGAUGGACCGCAGUUCUUCACGGCUAAUGCAACCGGGUCCGACAGCAACAUCCCGAUCAGUACCGGAAAGCGUUUGAACGAGCUGUACGCUAUGAACACCACCAUUGACGUCCGACCACCCAGUGGCUCCGUGGGCUUUGCACCCAUCCUGCUGGCCGGUCGCGUCAUUCCCUUCGGCCCGUUCCAGGACACCCUGAACUACCUCAGAGGCAAGCCAGCCACAACUGGUCAAUUGAACCUCGCCGUCACUCCGGGAUAUUUCCCGUCGGCCAUCGCUUCCGACUACCAGGGACAGGGCGGUCUUGUGCAGCUCAGAUAUACACGAACCAACUGGCAACUCUCCGUCUCGCUGUACAUUGGAGGACUGUCCAACGGCAUGCAGCAGUGUGGAUUCUGGUCAUCUUCAGGCACACAGAUCAUCGACCUGAUGCCCAUCCUCGGAAAGGGAGUCUACAGCGGCUUUGUCAACCGCCAAAUCAAUGUGUAUCUAAACCGUCAGCAGCUGGACAUGUUCAAGGACAACAAUGUCGAAUUCCGCACCUAUUCGGUCGCCUACAGCAAGUCUCUUGGCAAGAUCGGUUCACUGGUCUACAACGAAAUUGUCAACUCUGCCUACAGCACAGCACUGGCAGCCACUGGCAGUGUCAAGGAGGAAACGCCCAACGCGUUUGUCGGUCUGAUCCCGGACAACUACAUCUUCCCGGCGCCGAGCACUCUCACGUACACGUUUGCCAGCGGCAACACGAUCAACAACGUCGGCGUCUUCACCACGUUCCCCAACGGCACGCUGUACACGGGUUGGAACAGCAGCUAUGUUCCCGACUACGAGGUUGCUCCGGUGAUGAACGUUGUGUUGAACUUGUACAUAGCCAGCAAGUUGUACAUCCAGGUCUACAUGACGGUGAACAUUGAGGACAUCAAUGACCACUACCCAGUGUUCACCAAGGCACUGAAUGUGACGGUCAACGAAGAUGUCGGUACCGUGCCGGAUACAGCAGCCAUUACCACCAUUGAGGUUGCUGACAGGGACAGUCCCAUAUAUGGACUGCCACUGGUCAGCCUUCUGAACGCCACCAACAUGGCCGGUGAGGACCGAACUAGCUACUUCACCAUCAGACAGCCCCUGGCAGGAGGACCUGCUGGUAUCUACCGUGCCAAGGUACUCGACUACGAUCUCCCAGGCAACCAGUGGUUCAAGCUGGACCUGAUGGCCAUCGACGGAACACCGCAGACCAAGGAUCGCAAGUCAACCACCACGACAAUCUACAUCUCUCUGCGAGAUCUGAACGACAACCGUCCAAUGUUUGAUCAGAAGUUCUACAUUGCCAAGCCUGAGGAGACACUGGCUGUUGGUCAGGUCACACUCAGAGUCACUGCUACUGAUGCUGAUUCUACAACAAACAGUCAGCUACAGUAUAGCAUUGUACCGACGGAUAACUCUCCACCCACCCACUUUGCCGUCACUACCGUGAAGAUGGGUAUGUGGUACAUCUGCGAGCUCAAGGUCAAUGCCAUGCUGGACUUCGAGACUCGCCGCAACUACAACCUCUCAUUGACGGCUGUGGACAUGGGACGUCCAAUGCUCAGCCAGUCCGUGCCAGUCUACAUUCAAGUGGUCAACCAGCCGUUCAAGCUUGUCAUCCAAUUCCCACCGCCCUUCCUGACAGUGUACAACUCAACAUUGAUGGGUAACUUUGCCAACAACAACAUGGCCGCCUUCAGCUUCAUGACGAACAACGAGGAUGGUAUCACCAGUGUUGCGUUUGAAUGUCGCAUUGUCCGAUCUCGACAGGAUUGCCGAUACAGCCGCACCGCCAUCAGUGCUUGCUCGGCGACGUGCGGUGAGGGCCAACGAACAGUCACGCUCACCGUCCAGUCGCAGGCCUUCCCAACCGACCCGUCCUGUGUCAGCAAGGUCAUCAUGGAACCAUGUCAGGACAGACUCUGCCCCGGGUCUUCGACCAGUGCCCCUCUCAGCCGUCGUCGUCGCAUGAUCCCCUGCGGUCAGGACCUGUACUGUGAGCCCCUGGACCUGUCUGACGUCUCCACCAACCCGUUCAUGCCCUGCAUCACCGGAACUGGACCCACUGCACCCAGCGGGACGUUUACGCAGUCGGACCCGGCUGAUGGCGACUACACAUUCCAGUUGAGGGCUAACGUCAACAUCACUCACUCGGGAACAGGCAACUCCUUCAGCGGCUACAGCAACUCGAGCCUGGUUUACACAAUCGACACCACCAAACCGACGACGACCAUCAUGAAGAGCGACAUACCGCUGCAGAACAACUAUACGUGUCCCGACAUCAAGUUCACGGCCGACGACCUGGUGCAGUUCUGGUGCAAGCUGGAGUACCAAGGCGAAAUGCGCAACUUCACGCGCUGCACGUCACCAUUCAACCCCUGCAAGCAGCCGACCUGGUAUGGCUAUGAUGAGCUAAGGAGAAACGGCCUCUACACAUUCAGCGUAUCUGCUGUAGAUCGUGCUCUCAACCGCGAGGAGUUUGCCAAGAAGAUCACCUACGAGUUCGAUACGUACCGUCCUCUCGUGGGACUGGUUGAUUUCCCGCCACGCGUCAACACUCUCACCUCGCAGGCCUUCGAGGUCAUCACCAACGAUACAGAGGCGACCGUGUCUUGCCAACUGAACGGAGUAGCAAUUGCCUGCAGUGUGGGCAGAUUCUCCGUUGUGGCUGUGGAGGGAGAGAACCACCUGACGAUGACAGCUCAGGACAAGGCUGGCAAUGUGGCACCGUACGUCGAUUACCUCUUCUUUGUCGAUUCCAAGGCACCUGAGGUUGAGCUGGCAGAUUUGAAUGACAACGUCUUCACCGACCGCAAGAACACUCUGCUGCAUAUCCAGUCCAACGAACAACUUGCCGAUAUGCGAUGCAGAGUCGUUGCUUGGCCAAACUCUGCCAACGCUACAGAGAAGCUCAGCGAGUGCUGUGACCAGGCGUUCUCCUCGGCGUCUGCUAAGGAAGAGAAUUGCUUGGCUGCGUGCAAGGACUUCAGCGCCACGUCGGAAACCAACUUGGACCGUGAGGUGUGCCGACAUUUCCUUCGCGACUACUCCAAGUGCUUGGAGAACAAGACAAUGGCUUUCAAGAACAAUGGUGUGGCUGGCCUCAACCGGUUACCCUGCGGCCUCGACUCUGACUAUCCGACGUCUCCAUCCUGUCGUAACGGAACAUUCCCGAUUGGAACACGUGCACGUCAACUUGGCUUCUAUCUUUUCCAGGUGAAGACGAGAGACUUGAACGACAACGCCCAGUGCUACCAGGCCGCCUUUGUCUACGAGGACGCCAGCCGCUACAAGACAGCCGAGCAGGAUGCCAAUGAUGUGGUGACGGACCAGACAUGCCCCGGCGAUGGCCUGACCUACAUUAUAUUCUUGGCAAUCGGCGGCGGUGCCCUUGUCAUCGCUCUGGUCGUCUGCUUCACGUACUACUGCUGCUGCGUGGACAGAGGCAACCCCUACAGACGACCGAUGAGUGUUGGACCAGCCACAGCCAAUAUGGCAUACAACCAAAGCCCCAGUGCUGGAGCUGGUCAAGGUUUGGAGGUCGACAAUCAAAACAUGUUUGAUGACUCACGCUAUGGCGGGGUACAGGCAGGCGGCACCGGCGACAAGGCCGGAUUGAUCGGCUCCAUGGAAGAAGGUCAAGAGGAGGACCUACCGGGAGGUGACUACGAAGCCCUGCAGAUCAACUAACCAUCACCAUUCGACAACAGCAGCUGUGUGCAUCACGUGAUCAAUCAAAUCAAAUCACAUCACGCGAUCAAUCAAAUCAAAUCACAUCAUAUCACGUGAUCAAUCAAAUCACAUCACAUCAUAUCACGUGACAACUAGAAACUUCCACAAUGUGCUGCCACGCUGCUGAUCGAAUUCACUCAUUUCAACAAUGACUUCGUUUCCCCAUUUUCACCUUUUUAUUCAGCCAAAAUCAUUUUCAAAUUAUUUUUCGUUUCGAAACAACAUUUUUCAAUUUCAAACCUUGCUUGGCUAUACCUCGACUUAUCACUUCAUCCUGCAGCGCAGGUGUACGAGGUCCUUUCUUUCCAUGAAAAAAAAAAACCCUAAUCCCUUAGUGCGUGUGUGUGUGAGUAUGUGCGUGCUCUUCCCUUCAUGAUAUCAGUCACAACAUUAAAAAAUAUGUUUUCAAGUUCUGCUAGCCCGUUUUCUGUUCGGCGUCGCAUGUCCCCCCCCCCCCCCCCCCUCUCCAAGCAUCCUUCAUGCUACUCAACACUGACAACACACCCUUAACUGGCAACUUCCGUAUUGCCACUUACUCUUCCACACACCGGCCAUCCAUACUCGGCUCUUUUCGUCUGCUCAUUGUUUUCCUUCUCUUUCACUUUAUCACGAAAAACUCUAGACCCUUUUCUAGGAAUAACCCUU